AUGUCUGCCAGUCACUACGAGCCAAGCGAAGAAACGCAUUCGGCUGAAAUGAUGUACACACCACUCGACGAAGAUUUAAAUCAGGUCAGAAUUCUUCAUUUGAACGCAGCAUCUGACGACGAACACGCCAUUGCAUGUCAUAUCAGCAUUGCCUCACUGGAUGACCCUGCCAUCCAGUACGAGGCUCUGUCAUACAUCUGGGGUGACCGCAACAACGACCAAACAAUUACGAUCGAAGGAAAACCAUGGAAAGUGACUGCAAAUCUAUUCAAAGCCCUAGGGCACCUCUGGCACGCCGACAGAUCCCGUACGCUAUGGGUUGACGCAGUUUGCAUCAAUCAGGACGACACUGACGAGCGCGGCCAUCAGGUGUCUCACAUGGGUGCUAUCUUUCGUAAGGCAGAGACGGUAGUGAUCUGGUUGAGUGAGGCCUGGCCUGGUGUGAAUGAUGCAUUCAAUUUCUUCACUAUAGCUGGGCAGAAUCCUGAGCUCCAUGUCAAUCGCGCAUUGUCCCCUUCCCUUGCGGGACAAGGAGUGGACGUAGAGUCUUGGCGAGUCAUCCAAGCAUUACAGCAUUUCGCGAGUUUCGCGUGGUGGGGCCGGAUGUGGACCGUACAAGAGAUGGUUCUUGCACAGCAUCCCGUAUUCUAG